UAACAGAAUUAAGAAAAGCCCUAAUUGAGGGAAGAUUGAAAAUGUGGCAAUUUUCAACUUCAAUUUCCUAACAAUGCCAUGGACUGGUCUUCAUGGUUUCGACGCACUGCUAAAAACGCCAAAAGCCCAAAUCAGCAGCAGCAGCAAAACACACAUGAAGAUGAAGAAGAGCUGCUUGGAGUCACUUCUCAAUUAAUCAAUCAUGUCAAAUCCUUCACACUGGACACUUUCAAGAAUUUCCCACUUCAGGCUGAAGAAGAUGGUACUGAUGGAACUGUCACUUUUAGCGAUGAAAUUCUUGCUGCUACUGAAACUACAUCGGCCAAUAUUCGAAAGGAUCUCUCUCAGUGGCAGGAGCGACACGCUACUCUUGUUCUUUCCAAAGUCAAGGAACUUUCACAACUUAGAUUUAGGCUUUGCCCUCGCCACUUGAAGGAACGAGACUUUUGGAGGAUAUAUUUUGCACUUGUCAAGAGCUAUGUAGCUGAAUACGAGUUGCAGGCCAUACGAGUAGCAAAAAUCAAAAGGAUAGCAAUGGAGAAGGAAAUAUCUUCAGAUUCUGGUGCAUUUGAAGUUGAAAUGGCAGAAACAAAGCAAGCAGCAAGUUUGGAACCUCAACCCCAUGAGAUUGCUCCCUCUUAGCUUUAAAUUGAAGCAUGGGUGUAUGCAUUAGUCUAACUUGGACUAAAUCAUUUCAUAAUACCUGAAUUUAAUGAUAUUAUUUCCUCUUAUAUAGCA